AUGAAGAUAAAGCAUCUGAAAGAUGAUGACACAUUUUCCAAUGUGUUCUGUGAAAACUCGGAGAAGCUUAUUAAUGUACAUUUGUUUGCCCUGGCUGCUAAGUAUUAUUCUUUGUCCAACCUUGGAGUGUGUACCCCAUUAGAAGAUGUACUUGAAGCACUGAGAGGAGACAAUCAAGGAACAACAGGUAUCAAAACUGAUGAGUUUAUGAAUAAUAAGAAAUCACAUGAAGUGCAGGUGAUGUCAGAGCUGGUAGUCAACAUAGCGAAUUACUGUGAUAUAAAGCAGGUGAUUGAUAUAGGUUCUGGAAAAGGCUACCUGAGCUCAUUUUUGUCCAUGCAAUAUAACUUAAAAGUUUAUGGAAUUGACUCCUCAAACACCAACACUAAUGGUGCUCAUGAAAGGAACAGAAAAUUGAAGAAACACUGGAGAGCAUAUCAGAGUCGAGGGAGAGCAAACCUCAAAAGCCAGAGGUUUGAAAAGGCAAAUGACAGGCCAGUGGAAAGUGAAAUUAAAUGUAAAGCAGUCAAUGAAAAGCCCUUAAAUAAUGACAGCAGCGUUCAAAAUCAGGACCAAAUGGCUAUCCAAGAUUUAGUUCCUUCCUGUGGUUUCACAGGAAUAGCUACAUCUGAAAUGAGCAAAGAAGCUGAAGCUGAUUUGGUGGCUCGGACGCAAUCUGAUGAGAGCAAACUUUCUGAAGAGGUUCUUGCCAUUCUAAACAUUCUGCCUGCUGAUGCUGUAGAAGUUUCUUCAUCUCAGUGUAACUGUGGGGAACUCUGUGAAGAGGAAAAGGUGCGAAGAAAAAUGGCAUCUCUCGAGGCUAAAGCGGGCAAGUCAAGUGACUCAAACCUGUAUUUUCCAUUGACUUCUUGCAUCACUGCAGAAACAGAACUCAGUGACAUCAUCACAGAUCUGGAGGACUGUAUGAUGGUGGGUCUCCAUACAUGUGGCGAUCUUGCUGCAAAUACAUUACGAAUUUUUACUGCCAAGCCUGAAAUCAAAGCAGUUUGCAGUGUAGGCUGCUGCUACCAUCUGUUGUCAGAACAGUUUGAAAACCAACAAGAAUGCCCCAAUGAAGUGUGGGGAUUUCCCAUGUGUCAGUACUUGAAGGACAAAGGCUGGUGCUGUGGUCGCAAUGCUAGAAUGUCAGCGUGUUUGGCUUUGGAGCGAGUUGCAGUUGGCCAAAUGCUGCCUACAAAAUCAUUGUUUUAUCGAGCUGUUCUUCAGGUUAUUAUAGAAGAAAUUCAUGGUGUCACCAAAAGUGAUCGACAUGUUGGAAAAACUUUCUCUAAAUCAUCCUCCUUCAUAGAUUAUGUCAGAAAGUCUCUGAAAAAGCUGGAACUUGAUGAUUCAAAGCUCCCAGAUGGCUGUAUAAUGGAUUACUAUGAGAAAUACAAGCACAGAAUGAAUGAGCUCGAAGCAUUUAAUAUGUUGAAGGUUGUUCUGGCUCCCUGCAUAGAAUUUUUGAUACUUCUGGAUCGUGUUUGCUAUCUCAAGGAGCAGGAAAACAUUGCCUGGUCUGGACUUGUGAAGUUAUUUGAUCCUGUGAAAUCCCCCAGAUGCUGUGCAGUUAUUGCUCUGAAGAAACAGUCAUGUUUUUAA